AUGAUUGCUAAUAGUAAAACGCUUUGGCCUUUAGUAGCAGCCGUUGGUCUUGGCGUUAGUUUUGUUGGAUACUGUGUAUAUUUUGAUCGAAAACGGCGAAGUGCACCUGAUUUUAUUGAAAAAUUAAAAAUGGAUAUGAGUAAUCUUGAGAUAAUGCGUCGAUAUUUUCUUGAACAAGUUCAACGAGGUGAAGAUUGUUUAUCUUGUGGUGAUAUUGAUAAUGGUAUUGAAUAUCUAGCAAAAGCUGUUGUCAUUUGUAGUCAACCUCAAAAUUUAAUGGAAUUCUUUCAACAAACACUAUCAUCUGAAAUAUUUCAAGAAUUAAUCAGACGUUUACCAAGAAUCGCUCAAUCCGUUCAUAAUCGGUCUUUAUUAUCUGCCGAUGGUAGUAAUGCUUUUGUGCCUGAAUUAGAUCUUGAAUAG